GCAUGCACAAUAGCGCCCGGUACAAAUAUACUAAUCGGAACGAAUAUAUUACGACACGGUUCAAAUAUAUCAGUCAGAACGAAGUGCGUAAUUAAUACAAGGAGUGCAGGAAUCUGGUGUACCAUGGAUGAAAGAGGUGAUAUAUCACGCAAUAGCAUUUCCCUGAAUGAGUGCCCUGGAAUAGCUGAGAACAGAGAUGAUGAAAUACAAAGCAUUUACAUUUCACCAUCCAUUAGAGAUAUUCAUAGUUAUCGAUGCUCAAAAUCCACUGCUGCUCAAAAAAACUAUGGUAGAAAACAUCCUUGCGUAUCACUCAACUGUGUGUGGGCCGUUAGCACAAUGUUUUUAAUAAUUAUUGUGUUCUGUGUUGGGGUUAUAAAAUAUAUUCAACUCUCUGAAGAAAUGGAACAAAUGAAAAAAGAUUUUGUGUCUUUGCAAUUGGAAUUGGACACAGUACGCAACCCUGAUGCAUUAGAAAUGGGUGAUCAUUCAAAACUUGUUGGUGACAAGACACCAGGGGCAUCUGUACCUAAUGGAAAUUCUGAUGUAUUUGUAACACCUAGAGAAAGACGCGGUGUAACAGUUUCACCACGUAACAACCGUGCGGAUUUGACACAUAAUUCAGGUUUGCAUGGUAUUGCUGGCAGGGAUGGGCGAGAUGGAAGAGAUGGUGCCAGAGGUCAACAGGGUCCACCUGGCCCACUAGGCCCUCCUGGCCCAAGUGGUGCUUCAGUGCGUGGUCCAUCGGGCCCCAGAGGACCACCGGGUUUUAUUGGACCUGAAGGAAGACCCGGACCUCCUGGUUUACCUGGAAAAGAUCUCACUUCCUCAGUUUUGCAUUUAGAAGGAGAUCGAUCGCCAUCUGUACUUAGUGGAAGUGAUGGAGUUCUUAACCAUUGGAUUAAAAGUCAAUGGAGUUCAGAUGUUACAUUCCGUUAUUUUCAACAUAAUGGAUCCAUCCAAGUUCAAUCACCUGGUACUUACUACAUUUAUAGUCAGUUACUCACAGUUGAUUCUUCAACUGAUAUUCUGAGCCAUGAAGUGAAAAUCAAUGGAAAUACUUUUCUGCGAUGUGAGCGUAUAUCCCAACGUAGCACAUGCUUUACUUCGGGUGUUCGAAGAAUGAAUAAAUAUGACAAUGUGUAUUUGUCCACUAAGUAUCCACAAACAACAGUUGAUAUGACACCGGAUGUUUCGUUCUUUGGAAUGGUUCAGUGGUCAUCACACGAUGAGCUGUGAUUGGGUAAAACAUCAGUGAACCCUACCAGUGAUGGACACAAAUAUUUUCUACUGACUGUAUUGUAUUUUAAACACACUGCGGAAAAUACCCAAGAGUUUAUAACUCAAACUGUGCUUUUCUAACAUCGUUUUUAUAAAAUGUGAGAUUUUUUACAGUUUUAUAUUCUGCAGUUUUUGUUGGGCUUUAGGUUUAACUUCCAUUGAGAUAGAGAACGCUGGUAGUUUAUCUCAUUAUCUGUAGAAAUUCAAAUAACCAAGGACAGUAUUGUUACUACCCUCACACAGAUAAAUGUAUUAUAUUUUAUCUUCAUAGUUCCUUAUAUGCUUGGACGAACGUACUAUUAGAUUGAGCGUUGCAGUCAUACUUUUGUAAUAUUUUAGCCACUGUGACUUAAAAAAGUCAGCCAAAUCAUUUUUACUGCCGCUGUGUCAAUUGACCAACAAUCAUUUAAAUUAACUCUGUAUCGUUUUACUGUUGAUUUUUAUAAUCUAUCUCUACUGCCAAAACAUGUGAAAUUAAUUUUAAAAAAUUGCUAUAACUGCCAUGUAUCUGUUUUAUUUAGAUAUUUUAAAUUUCCAUGUGUUUAAAUUAACCUGCUUCUUCUGAACUCACUACCCCCUAAAAUUAAUUUGUUAGUUUAUUCAAUAUUCCUUUUUUUGUAUUUCUGAAAUACUGUUAUAACCAAACACUAAACAAAGAAAUCAAUUGCUGUUUAUUGUUUUAAUUGUGCCUUGUUACAACAUCAUUUAAUUAUCGUUUGUUCCAUAACUUUGUACAAAUUAAAAUGUUUAGAUCAUCA